AUGACUUAAUUAUUAAAGAAGAAUAUUGAAUCACUGUAUCCUUAAUUCAGUGUGAUCGAAAUUUUAAGAUAAAAUGUAUACAAAAAAACGAUAAUUUUGAAAAGAGGGAAUAAAAAUUAUGUUUUGAGGUUAUUUAACUUGGAGGGAAUAAAUAAGGAGAAGGUAACUUCGAUCAUAAAAAUAUUGAAUAAACUUUCUAUAAAGAACAAUCCUCAUUUAGUCAAAUUUUAUGAAGCUUCACAUGAUAUUGAGAAUACCUAUUUAGGGUAUGUAUAAAAUAAUAUUUUAUAGGGUUAUUAGUGAAUAUAUAGAAUGUUAAUAUUUAUGUCCAUUAUAAGAAAAAGAUAUAUUGAUAAUUCUAAUACAAGUAAUAGGAUAAAAAUAAAAUAGUUAUGUUCAGCUCUUAGUUUAUUUCAUCCAAAAAGGGCACAUGCUAAAAUACUGUUAUCAAAUUUAUUUACUUUCGAUAAGAAUGCUAUAUUGGGAGAAAUGAAUAUUUUGUAUUAUUUACAUCCUGAAGAAUAUUUGGAUAUUUAUUUAUUAGCACCAGAAUUUGCUAAAUAAAAAAUUUAUGAUUGCAAAUCAGAUAUAUGGAUGCUAGGUUUUCUAAUUUAUUAAUUCAUGUUUAAAGAAGCUCCAUUUAAGGCAAAUAACAUUAAUGUGUUGCAUAAAUAAAUAUUAAAAGGUUUAAAAUUUACAUACAACCCAUAAUAUAGUUUGAAUAUGAAUAAUUUAUUAAGGAUAAUGUUAUGUUAUGAUCCUGAUUUAAGACCAACUAUAGAAUCUAUAAGGUCUUUUGCAGAAACAGCUUUAAUUAGUUAAGAGAAAAUAGAUAUUUUUAAAUUAUUACCGAAAUAUAAAUUGGAAUAAAUUGCACUUCAUAAAAAAAGAGAAGAAAGAAAACCUUAGUAAAUUGAUAAUUAAAUUUACUUAAAUGAAGAUUUAUUAAAGUAUCCUUCAUUUCGACCAUCAAAAGUAUUAAAAUCUUUUAAGAAAAUUCUUAAUUCAAGUCCCUCUCCAAAACAUAUUAUGGUAAAUUUUACAGAAAAGAAUGAAAGUUAAAUCAACAAUUAAUCUUAAUCACCAUAACAACAAUUUUCAUAUUUAGAAUAAUUAGAUAGCAAAAUAAAUUUAUCUACUGGUAAGAAUUCUCAUCAAUCCUAAAAAUAAAUAAAUUAAUCCUAAUAAGGAAUUUCUCAUUCCUACUAAUAAAGCCAAUAAAAUACUCUAUAUCCAAUAUAAUUACCAAAAGUGUUAUAAUUUUAAUUUAGUAAAAUAAAGUUUAGACAUGAAAAGUCUCCUAAGAAAGAAUUUGAUGAAUCUAUGUAUCAAUUAAAUAUAAUAUAUUUAGUUAAGAGUAGCCAAUAGCAAAAUAUGCUCAAUUACCUUAAAAGAUUAAUUCUAUUCCUAUAAAGAAAUCUCCUCCAAAAAUGUUAUUUCAUUAAUAUUAAGAUACAGUCUUAAGAUCUUUUAGCUAAAGAUAAUGA